GUGUUAAAUAAAGUUUGUUGAAAACCGGAAGUGUGACGUCAAACAAUGGCCGCCUCCAUGUGUCUGUAGAAACAACGUGAGUUUAGCUCGUUUUCUAGCUUUUAAUCUAAAGAGAAACCAAAAGUCUGUCAAAAUAUUUUGAGGUCCACAAUAAGGUGCUCAGGGUGAACGAACUGUCAACUGGGAGGCAGAGCUCAUCUCUGAGAUGGCUUCAUUCAAACCCACUAAAAUUCAGACGUAUCCCAAACUAGGAGAAAAAGUGACCGAGGAUACGUUAUACUGGAAAAAUUAUAAGGCUGCAGUUCAAAUUAAAGAGUUUGGUGCCAUCACAAAAAUCGACUUCUCUCCUCUCCAACCUCACAAUUAUGCAGUCACAGCCUCAACCAGAAUUCAGGUAUAUGGACCUCACUCCCAGGAGCCCAUACGGAGCUUUACACGUUUUCGGGAUACAGCGUAUGGAGGGAGUUUCAGAGGCGACGGCAAGCUGUUAGUGGCCGGAAGCGAAGAGGGACUCAUUCGACUGUUUGACGUCAGCGGCCGAGUGGCUCUUAGGCAGUUCAAAGGACACUCCAAGGCGGUACAUGCAACCUCGUUUCUGUCAGAUGGGUUCCGUGUGGUGUCAGGAUCUGAUGAUCUGUCCUGUCGUUCGUGGGAUGUUGCCAGUGCCACGGAGCUCAGCUCUUUCACCGAACACACAGACUACAUCCGAACAGCCUGUCCCAGCAAACUCAACCCGGAGCUGUUUGUCACAGGUUCGUAUGAUCACACAGUGAAAUUAUUUGACAUGCGGUCAGGUGGAAGUGUGAUGAGCAUGAAUCACGGUCAUCCUGUGGAGUGUGUGCUGCUUUACCCUUCGGAGGCCCUGCUGGUUUCAACAGGAGGGCGUUAUGUGAAAAUCUGGGACCUUCUGAAAGGUGGACAGCAGCUUGUUUCUCUUAAGAAUCAUCAUAAAACAGUUACAUGCGCAUGUCUGAGCUCCACACACAACAGAUUAAUUACAGGAUCCCUGGACAGGCAUGUGAAAGUGUAUAACUCUUCCUAUAAGGUCGUACAUAAUUUCGACUAUUCAGCAUCUAUCCUCAGCCUGGCUGUUGCGCCUGAUGAUGAAGUCAUUGCUGUCGGGAUGACCAAUGGUGUGUUAAGCGUCAGACACAGGAAACACAAAGACGAAAAAGAAACGCUGAUUGGUCGAAGGCGACGAGGCCCAACAUACCGAGUGUUUGUGAAGGGAAAGAACUUCACACCUAAACAGGACGAUUUCCUGGUCAGUAAACCAGUAAAACAGCAUCUGCAGAAAUACGACAAACUACUGAAAAGUUUUGAAGUGUCUAAAGCCCUGGACGCAGCACUGCAGACGUGGACUCGUAGCACUAAACCAGAGGUGCCCGUAGCGGUUAUCAUGGAGCUCAGCCGCAGAGGAACUCUGAAGAACGCCCUCGCGGGACGAGAUGAAGAAAGCUUAGCCAAAAUCCUCAACUUCCUUCUCAAACACAUCACUGACCCACGAUUCUCUCGUCAGCUGGUUGUAGUCGGCGAUAUGCUUCUUGAUCUGUACGAGCAGGUUAUUCCACAGUCACCUGUUGUCGAGCGGUUGCUGCAGCGUCUCAUGGAGCUGUUGGGUCGGGAAUCGGAGCUUCACCAGGAACUGCUACAGGUGUUGGGAAUAUUGGACACGCUUUUCGCAUCCCUGACCCCCAGAAAAGAAGUUCCAACCUUUGCUGGUCCACCUACGGAGUCACAGCUACAAAACACUUGACGCAUAUUAAAAAACUCUGUGUGGUGACAUAAUCGAAACAUGCUACCGAAAGGGAAAUCGAGAGGAAACACACAUGCAAGACGGCUGCGUGAGGACAGUUUCAGAAUCGUUGGAAUUGCUGGUGGUGAAAACUCGCUGUGUCAGCGUUUCUUCAAUUUUUUGCUGAAUUGUGCAGAAUUUGAAACUGUAUUUUGUAUAUUCCUACUAUAAAGUGUUUUAAUCUGA